AUGCUGUAUCUGCAAGAUCCACGCAACGACAGUGUCGGCCAUUUUGCGUGGAUAAAAAAUCUGUCCCGUCUCGUGGGCUCGCAACUCUCGAAAAAGGAGCACAAGAAAUUUUUCUGCGAUCAGAAAAUAAACGAUUGUGCUAUCCGACUGCCGAGUGAGGACGACAAAUGGCUCGAAUUUGGAAACUAUAAUAACAAGGAACGUAUUCCAUUCAUCGUCUACACCAACUUGGAGUGCGUUCUACAGAAGACGGAGCCCGACAAGGAAGAUGCGUCGUAUACAUAUCAGCGGCACAAAGUAUGCAGUGUGGGCUACUACAUGCGUUGCUCGAAUGACAACUCGUUAUCGUCGUAUCAGUUCCGUCGCGAUAAAGACUGUAUAUCAUGGUUCCCGCGACAACUCAACGAUUUGGCGCAUCGC